AUGGCCUCCAACGCCGCAGAAUUGAGCAGUAAUGUCAUAGCCACGAAGUAUGCCUACGUCGCCGCCGCCACUCUUUUGUUCUGGGAUAUAGGAUUGACGUUCGAUGAAGAGGCAUGUAUUCCAGACUGUUUGUGCGCAAGUUCAGGCAUGACGUCGUGUCUCGCAGAUCGCAAGGGUGUGGAAGGCCAAAAAGACGUUAGGGACGACACUCUUCUUUUGCCCCAAUUCAUAUGGGAUCCCAGUGACACAGUCGCGAUUGUGAACAUGACAGCGUGUUUCUUGAUCAUCUUGCCACACUUGACAUUCCUCAUUCGCUCUGUCUUGCUUAUAGCGGUCUUUCUGUUGACGGCGUGGAAGUCGUACGAAACUUAUAAGAUUGCUAGGAAUACCCGGUCAUUGAAGUUGGUUACGAUUUUGUUUCGGGAUGGAUUCAUCUAUUAUAUCGGUAUGCUUCGUCUUCUUUGUCAUCUGUAUAACAUCGUUGAAACUUUCUGGAUUCGCGGAACUUUAGUCAUUAUCUGUGUCUCUCUCAUCAACUUUAUGAUUUGGAUUUUCGACCCUUUCGCGUCGUAUUUGGCUGUCGGAACGUCCCCAUCGCAGGUUGAUGAAAUCUUUGCAGGCAACGAUUUGUUCCAGACUGCUAUUGAAUAUUCGGGGCAUGCUCGAGCCUCGGGGUGUGAUCUGCCCGGACACUGGUCGAACCGACGGAUUCACGUUGUCGACAAUAUCGCAAUCGUCUAUACGACAGUCUAA